AUGCCGAGAUGCCCUGUGAUGGGCCUCCUCCUUACCAGUGUGCCAGUGGCACCGGCCUUCGUGGUCCCGCAGGCUGAGAUUGAGGGAGAGAGAGGCACACGCCCGCCCAGCGGCUUUGUGACCCCCGCCACAUCGUCGUCAGCCGGCAGCUCGAGCAGUUCCAGGCCGUGGUGCCUUGCAACAGCUGCAACCGUGGCAGCGCUGGGGUCACGAUCUUCCAGGACGGUCAUGCGCGGCCUCAAGGAUCGGGUGAAAAAGGACUUCAGCGUGAAGAGUGCCAUGAUCCGGAGGCUCGGGAAAUGGCGGCUGAUGAAGGAGUUUGACAUGCGGAAGCAGAUCAUGGAGAACCCCGACAUGGCCAAGCGCUGUGGAAAGUCCCAGGAGGCGCUCAUCGAAGACUUCAACAGGGCUUCCAACUACUUGAAGACUUCCCUGGGUCUGGAGGACCAGAGCGCCGAGAUUUGCAUCUCCAAGGUGUCCACGGGAUUGAACAUGCAGUAUUUGGGAAAGCCGAACAUCCCCUCGAACGAGGAAAUGGCAACAGUCAUGGACUGGCUUGUGGAGAAUUUAGCCGUCACCAGAGAGGACGGUUCUCUCAAGAGAGUGGUGGAGCAGUACCCGUUCAUGCUCGGUCGCAGCCUUGAUGACCUGGAGGAGUCCCAGAACUUCUGCCCGGAGGACAUCGACUUCAAAGUCGCAGUUGCAGAUGACCCAGCCUUGAUCGACAAGACUUACAAUUGCCAGGGCAUUUGUGCAUCCCAGUGCGUGUCGUGCUGGUACAACGGUUAG